UAGAGUUUAGACUUUUGCCCUCUGUUAAGGCUACCCCUCUCAAGCUCUUAAAUAAACCAGCGAUUAUCUGUAUCUAAAUUUCAUGAAUAAUCUAAUGGAUUCUUUGCAAACUCUGUUAUCUCCUCAAUCACUACCCAUCUUCUUCCUUGUUUCAGCACUGUUGGUUUCGUUUGUUUUCAUGUUCGGGCUCCCUAGGAACAUCCCAUACCCUCCAGGUCCCAAAGGCUACCCCAUCAUCGGCAACAUGAUGAUGAUGGACCAAUUGACUCACAGGGGCCUAGCUCACCUAUCUCGACAGUACGGUCACGCCGGUCUCCUCCACCUAACCAUGGGGAAGCUCCACAUAGUGGCUGUAUCGACGCCGGAGAUGGCGAGAGAGGUCCUACUCACCCAAGACAGCAUAUACUCGAACCGACCCGCAAAUGAUGCGAUAGUGUAUUUAACCUACGAUAGAGCUGAUAUGGCCUUUGCCAACUACGGUCCAUUUUGGCGUCAAAUGCGUAAAAUCUGUGUCAUGAAGGUGUUCAGCCGGAAACGGGCGGAGUCAUGGGCCUCCGUCCGUGAAGAAGUCGGCUCAACGGUUCGAACAGUGAUGAAAAGCCUGGGUUCGCCUCUCAACGUCGGGGAGUUGGUGUUCGCUUUGACGAGGAACAUUACUUACAGAGCAGCGUUCGGGUCGUUUUCGCGUGACGGGCAAGAGGAGCUCGUGAAGAUAUUGCAGGAGUUUUCGAAGCUAUUUGGGGCAUUCAACAUAGCGGAUUUUUUUCCAUGGAUGGGAUGGAUCCAUGGGGGAGAGUUUCAGAAGAGGUUGGUGAAGGCUCGGGCAUCGCUGGAUGGGUUCAUCGAUCAUAUUAUCGAUGAACAUUUGGUGACGAGGGAGAGGAGGAAGGCGGGUGAUGAUGCAGCAGCCAAAUACGAUGACGACAUGGUGGAUGAAUUAAUGGCGUUUUACAGCGAAAAUGUUUUCAAAGGAGAUUAUAAUGAGUCCUCCAGUUCUUCCAUUCAGCUCACCAAAGAUAACAUCAAAGCUAUCAUCAUGGACGUAAUGUUUGGUGGAACUGAAACUGUGGCGUCGGCAAUAGAAUGGGCGAUGGCGGAGCUGAUGAGCAGUCCGGCAGACCUCAAGAAAGUUCAGCAAGAACUUAGUGACGUGGUCGGAUUGGAGCGGGUCGUCCAUGAAUCGGAUCUUGAAAAGUUAACCUACCUAAAAUGUGCCAUUAAAGAAACCCUACGUCUACAUCCACCUAUCCCUCUCCUCCUCCACGAGACAGCCGUGGACUCCGUCCUUGGCGGGUAUCGGGUACCCGGGAAAUCGCGAAUAAUGAUCAAUGCAUGGGCUAUCGGGCGUGACCCGUCAUCAUGGAAGGACCCGGAUGUGUUUAAACCUAGUAGGUUUUUGGAUGAGGGUGCACCUGAUUUUAAGGGCAGUAACUUUGAAUUCAUUCCAUUUGGGUCGGGUCGAAGGUCCUGCCCGGGAAUGCAACUCGGGUUAUAUGGGUUGGAGUUAAGCGUGGCUCAUUUGCUUCAUUGCUUUAACUGGGAGUUACCUAAUGGAAUGAAGGCCACAGAGCUUGACAUGAGCGAUUCGUUUGGACUCACUGCUCCACGAGCGACUCGACUCGUCGCUGUGCCGAGUUACAGACUGAGUUGCCCAUUUCCUCCGGAGUGGAAAAUGAAUGGGAUUGAGAAGGCAGAAUUAGAAAGCAAAGCAAAUUAAUGGAGUUAACUGUUGUUCUGUUGGGUGGAUUUUUUUUAAAUAAAAUAGAACCCUUGUUUUAAAUAUAUUUUUUAAAUAAAUUAUAAUUACAUUAAAUUUACAUUUAUUACAAAAUUUAUUAAUUUUGCAUU